CCGCAGCCCCCGCCCUGCGGGGAGAGGCGGAGGGAGCUGGGCCUGUAGCGGGAGGACGAGGGACAGCGGGCCUGCGCUGAAGCGGGGGCGGUUCUGGCCCGACGUGAGGAAAACCUUUCCCCGUGAGGCUUGUGGGGGCAGGGCAGGGGCUGCCCUGAGCCCCUGGUCCGGCCUCGGAGCCGGCCCUGCGCGGAGGGGUGGGCUGGAGACCUCCCUUCCAGCCUGAACGACCCGUACUGCGAGGAGUGAAAACUACUACAACGGGGGGGUUACGAAGGACAGCGGGGCGCCCGGCGCUCGUAGCUGGUGGCGGCGAAAGGCUUGCUCCUGACGCUGUGCGAGUGAGGGGCUUCUUGCGGAAAGCUUUACCAAAACGGCAGUCCGGUGUAAGGUCUAAUGCUUUGCUGCAUGGCCGGUGAGAAAUAGCUGAGUUACUUACACGCAAACACUGUUUGUUUUUCCAGAUGCUAAAAGAGCGUUAAUUAUUCAUGAUUGGUGACAUCGUAGAAACUAAACGAUGCCAACUAAAAGAUCCCAUGGAUUUGUUUCAUUCUGGGCAAGCUGUAAAAAUAUGUGCCCCUAUGGUCCGCUACUCAAAGUUGGCUUUCAGAACCUUGGUUAGGAAAUACAGUUGCGAUUUGUGUUACACACCAAUGAUAGUAGCAGCUGAUUUUGUGAGAUCUGCAAAAGCUAGAGACAGCGAAUUCACAACAAACAAAGGUGAUCAUCCAUUGAUUGUUCAAUUUGCUGCUAAAGAAGCACAGGUUUUGUGUGAUGCUGCCCGUAUCGUCUGUCCUUUUGCAGAUGGCAUAGACCUAAACUGUGGCUGUCCUCAGAGAUGGGCGAUGGCAGAAGGUUAUGGUGCUUGCUUAAUAAAUAAACCAGAACUAGUUCGAGAUAUGGUGAGACAUGUACGGAAUCAGAUCGACAACCCUAGAUUUUCAGUAUCUAUUAAAAUAAGGUAGGUCUAACUUAAGUGCUGUUUGUGGUACAUGGAAGAACCCUUUUAAUGUUAGUGUAGUAGUUACACUGUAU